UUUUAAGUGACCUUAUUUGAGUUGUUGGGAUUCAUAAUACCAAUAUUGAUAAAUAGAGUAUCUUUAUUUAUUUUAUAAUAUAUUAUUAUUUGAUGAUAGCCUGUCUGUAAAUUAUGUUAAUUAUUAAAAAUUAGGUACUUGUUGGAUAAUUAAUAUUUUUAUAUUAUUUUAUAGUAUCCUUUCUAAUGGAUAGCUAACAAACUAUAUAUUGAAGAGUAAUGUUUCCCCUAACUUAUAUAAUAUUCCCGCAUGUGUGGUCUAUAACUUCUGUGUUUCAUAACAAUUUAUGGGCAUGGUAACGUUAAUUUAUUGAUUUAUUUAGUAAAUAUGUAAGAUACAAACAUUAUUAAUAAUAGUAAACAUUUUUUACACAAUGGCCGAACAAAACACAGAAAACGUUGAUGAAAAUUAUAAAGAAAAUUCAGAAUAUCUAAAACCAACACCUCAAUAUACAAUAUUUGAUGAAUAUCACAAUGAAGAGUUAUUAUACCCAAAUGAAAAGUUAGGAAUACUGAAGAAAAAGUUAGAAAUCGUGAGGUCAAAGGUGGAUAGAAAAUUUAAAAGAACCCUCUCCCCUUUAAGGCGACCUACGGACAAUGCACCUUUACACGAAGUAUACAAAAAUGUAAUUAAUAAAGACUCGUUUACCAUUUUAGCCUCGAUUUUAGCUAAUGAAAACAACGGUUGUAGUACAUCAACUGAAAAUCAAAAAAUUAAACCUACAGAAAACAAUUUAAAAUCUGCUUACAAUGAUAACGCAAAUAUUCAAAAGUCCAAUAAACCGUUAAAUAUUGAAAAAACUAAUCAAACAAACUCCCAAGAUAUUAAUGAAAAUUCUAAAUCCUUGAAUAUUACACAAGAUGAUACGAAGAAAAUUGCUUCAAAUAAAAAAAAUACACGAUCGCUGAAGAAGAAUGUUAAACAACGUAGUAAAAUUGCGUCUGUCGAUAAAGCAAAAUAAUAAAAAUAUAUUAAUGAUUAUUACAACUUACGAAUUAUAAAAAAAAAUGUUCUUUCGAGUUAACAUAGUUUACCCUUUUUUAUUAAAUCUAUUUUAUAUCAUCAUUACCCAUAUGUGUGGGUGUUAAUUUAUUAACAAACAUAAAUUAAUUAAUUGUAGACAUUUAAUAUUAACAAAAUUAUU